GAAGUAAGUAAACUAUUUACAAUUUGAAUACAAAACAAAUUUGAGAUAUCAGUUUAUCCAGAAUUGUCGUAUAAUGGACGUAUACAUAUUAUUAACAAUCGUUUGGUUUUUCAUACUAUCACUAUUAAGUUAGUAGGGUACAGUUUGGCGGAAGAUAUUGAAUCAAUUGCCAACAAAUAUUUUUCUUGUUGACGAUUUUGAAUAUAGAUGGUUACUUUGAGUAUAAAAAUUUAUUUUCUUCGUUGUUAUUAAUGUAAUUCAAUGAUUAAGGCCUGCUGGUAUUGCUGAUUUUUAUGUAGUACACCUCAUGUAAAAAUAUUUAAAGAAGUAGGUUAUUGGGUUAUAUUGUACGUCUGGUUCAAAAUUCGUCUGCAGUGGAUUGGAUUUAUUGUAAUUAUAAUAAAUAGUAUUGACUUGUAUUUCAUUGCUGAUAAAAUAAAUGCAUAUCUUACAAGCACUUAAUUUCUUGUGGAAGAAAAAUGAUGAAAUGGAGCAAGGUAAAUAAAUGAAGAAAAAAAUUGAAACUAUUUAUGAACCCAGAAAUAUGAAUGUUAUGACUGCAAUUGACAAAGAAAAAUUUUUAUUUUAUCUCUUUGAAGGAACUGUUAUCCACAUUCCGCGUCCGCGAUAAUCAGAAAUAAAGUGCUGCAUAAUGAAGACCAAAACAUUAAAUGAACCACUUUACCUUAAUUUGUACAACUUUGACUCAGCCGACGCACAAGAUUGCCCGUACAUUUUAACGAGUCCACGCUCCCUUGAGGCUUGUCAUGUUGCAGGAUACAAGCCAGUUGAACUUCUGCACAAGACUAUCCAUGAGUUCAGAGAGGAUGUAGGGGCAGAAACAGAUGAAGAUGUGUAUCAACUUUAUUCUGAACAGGAAAAAGCCAGACUCAUCAAGUUAGAAAAAUGUCGUUCCGUAAGAAGGGAUUUAAUGAAACAGUCAACAACAAGUAAUGAGAACCUUAUAAAAGAAAUCUCUGUAACAAGUGAAAAAUCAUCAGAAAAAGAACAGCCACAACUUCUCAGAGAUGCAGUUUCACGCAAAGAGCAGCUAAACAGAGAAAAUACUGCAAGAGCUGCAAUUAAGAAUGAUUUUGAAAAUACUUUGGAUACAAUAGCUAAAUCAUCAGUGAUAUCUGAUUCUACAAUCAAUGAGAAUAAAAGUUUUUAUGAAAACCCAGAAGAUAAAUCAUUAAUCUUGAAAAGUGGAAGAAGUGGAAUAACAUGUUCGUCACAGUACUCUUCCUAUAAAAAGUCUUCCUUAUCUGCAUCUACUUCAGCUAAUAAUUUUCAGCAAAGUAGUCUGCUACCAACUUCCACUAGAAGACAGGUUGCAGGCGAACAAGGUUUUACAAGCUGCAGUGUUCUGUCGUCGCCCUGUCGCAGCAGCACUUCCUCACGCAACUCCAGCCACAGAAACAGCCUCGCGUCCACCCAGAAUACCAGCCGCAACACUUCUCUGCCUUCCAAGUCUUCCAGAAGACAAAAGGUGAAACCAUCAUGCUCUCAAAGAACAGUGAGCAGAAAAUUAACCAUGGGAUAUCCCAAUAAUGGAAGGAGCUUUGACUCAAAUAACAAUAACAACAAAGACAGCAAAAAAAUUACUAACCCUGUGGUGAAUAAACGUAAACAGGUUUCCUUUAGCUAUCUAACUACUGAUGAUUUGUGCUUGUCAGAGCACGAUCGUCGCAUACUUGAGUCAAUGGCGAUGAAGAAGGAAAUAGAGCGAGAGAGUAAUGAGCUUGCUCAUCAAGCUCACUUGUUGUGGGAGCAAGAUCGUGAAGCAAGGGAACAGCUAAUGAAUGAACAGGCGGCCUAUUGGAAGGAAUAUGUUGCCGAGAAGCGUCAACUGCAAAAUAUGGAAAAUGCUCAUAGGUGGGAAGAAAUGAAGCGGAGCUUACGUCACUCACAGCAGAUACUGGAAGCAAAUAUUAGAGAAAAGGAGCAAAGGGCAGCAAAAUUAAAAAAGUCAGUGGAACAGAAAAAGCUGAUGGAAGCAAGUGAGCGACAUCAGCAAGCAGCAAAACGUAGAGCUGAAGUAGAAGCUGCUCAGCAGAAGCUGGAGAUAGAGACUGCAAUAUGGCAGCAAUCGCUAGAUGAAAAGCAGAGAGUUAAACUGGAAAGAGCAGAAAGUGCAAGGAAUCAGAACCGGGAAAGUUUUCGUAGAAGGGUGGCCAGUGCGAACCGCGUGGAAGAGCUGCGUCACCAGGAGAAGUGGGCUGAGAUGAAGGCGGAGACGGAGGCCACUCUGAGGGAGUUGAAACACUUGUGUCAGAUGAGGGACAGACAUGCCCAGCAGCGAUAUGCUCUUCUUGUCCAAGAUCGAGACAGGCAGCUUAAAGAACAGAGCUUGGAACGUUCCCUCAAGUUUCAGCAAGUGCACAAAUUACAUAAAGAGUUGGACAAGGGCUUGAAAUUGUGGCAGGAUCAAGUGUCAGUGCUACACUGGGAAUCCAUACACAAAGCCAAACAUAAAGCAAUGGAACAGAUAGAAAUGAAAAGAACUCAGCUUGAACUAGAAAACAAGGCACGAGAGAAACAUCAUAAACAGCUUAUGGACAGAAUUUGUAAAGAAGAAGAGGCAAGAAUUUGUUACAUACGAGAGCUUAUUUCGCACAAAGAGGCAAGGAUGAAGCAUUUGGCUUCGGAACGAGACCUAGCCAUUCAGGAGUCGAGGCUGCAAGCCCAGACAACAGCAGAUCUGCGGGAGCAUCUGAGAUGUACCCUUUCUCCAGAAACAUUUGACAGAAAAGUAGCACAUGUAGCUCUAGAAAUGCGCUUGUCUGGUCGUCCACCAUCGGCUAGUCCAACAAUGACCAUGUCUCACAUUUAUCUGGGCUGAAGAUAUUUAUUAUUGUUAUUUUUAUAUUGUUUUUCUAUUGUUGAAGUUUUUUUUGCACGUAAUUUCAUAAAGUUAAGUUUUGCAUAUCUGCUUAAAAUUUACAAGUAUGUUUUCAGCUUUAGCAACUUUUUGUGGUGUGACAUCCUAAAGAUUGCAUCCAUCCAUUGCAUCACAAAAGUAGGUGCUGUUUGUAUGUAUUAAAAAUUUUCAUAGAAAUUUUCAAAAAUAUGUAUGUACAUAUAAUAAAUUUUGUAACUGCUGUUGAACUGUAAUUGAAAUGUGAUAAGGCUUAUAUAUGUAUAACAUAUUUCAGUUUCUCGCAGUUGUAGCUUGCCAACUAUAUUAGAAUUGUUGAACAUUUGCAUUAUAUAAUACCAGGCUUUAUUUAGCCUAGCCUUCACUACACACAAAAUCAAGGAUUGUGGCUACCAAUUUAAUUAUGAAUAAACCACUUUAAGAUACUGUA